AUGGCCUCAAGUGAAGCCCAGGCCGGCUGCAGGCAUGGCUGUCAGGGAGGCGGCGGCUAGCCGCUGGUUGCGGCGCUUCCUGUGGCUGCUUCUGCUUCUGUGGGGCUGCGUGUCCCCCGCAGACUUCUUGAUAGUGGAGAUGGAAGGGAAGAAUCAAACUGUGUUGCUGAAUGACAAUGUCACCAUCUCCUGCAAGGUCCCUGGUUCCACACCCCUGGACACCAACAUUAUGGGUAUUAUUUGGUAUCUGAAGCAUCAGGCGAAUGAAACAGAGCAUGAGGUGUUUGUAAUGUAUGCAGACAUUCAAAAGGCAUUCAGACCCGGAGCCAGCGUGUCUCCAGCGGGGCUAGAGAAGGGGGACGUCUCACUGCACCUUCCUGGAGUCCAGCUGAGAGACGCAGGAGAGUACCGAUGUAACGUGGUGGUCACCCCCGAGGAGGCCCAGGAAACAGUCUUUCUAAAAGUUUUGGCUUCCCCAGAGUGCACCUUGUUUCCAGAGCAAGCCAUGGUGAAAGAUGAUGGCGACAAAUAUAUUUUGUGUAAGGCAUAUUUAUUCUACCCAGAGGACAUUACCAUAACGUGGCAUACAUGGACCCAGAAGAACCCCCAGGGCCAGGAGAUUUCUGCAGUUAUCACCACUGGUCCAGCCAUCAAGAAUGAGGACGGCACAUUUAACAUCACCAGCCGUGUGAGGCUGGAACACAACGUGACCACCUACCAAUGUGUGAUAAGUCACAUAUCCUUGCCCACCCCCUACAGGUUGAACUUCACUCAGUUUCGGAGAGGAUCUGAGAUGGGAAAUGCCUGGUGGACUAUUAACAUUUUGAAUAUUGCUGGUUACAUUGCUAUACCAGUAGCAGCAGCAGCAAUCAUUGGACUGAUUUAUUGUUACAAAAAGAGGUAAGGGGGAUGCCAAAGCAAAGUGUAGCCCUGUGUUUUGGAAUUGGCUCUGGGAGGUCAGGGGCCUUUGCCAAUGGGUGAUAUUUGAGAGUUCUCAGGAUCGACGCCGGGGGGCAUCUGAGUGUGGUGUGUGUGUGGUGUGUGGCUUUUUCUGAUGCUGUGUCAGGGAAGAACGUUUUCAUUAGAUCCUUAUGUGGUAGCUUGAGACUCUGAGGAGCUGCACUGUAAGGCCCCUCUGCCUCUUCCUGACAUACAGUCUCUGUGAAU